GGCACUUGUCAAGCGGUACAUACAUGCGAAUGUGCGACGAAUGCUACUCAUCCACUCGCGUUGCCUAAAACCGACAAAAGUAACAAAAGUCAGCCGAUCUGGGCGACGCAACAAUCACAUAAAUAUUCCCUGUGGAAAUCCAAUUCCAAUUGUUACGAUCGGUUCCUGGCCUUCUAUGAGCACGCCUAAUUUUUUUUUAUUAGUACACAAUGAACGUGAUAGUGACCAACCGCUUGAAAAAUGGUGGCACUGAAACAGCUGCGUUUUAAGGGAUUUAAUUACAAAUCUUGCUCAAGCCGCUUUGUUAAAGAGUACUAAGUUUGUUCACUAUAUCCAUCUGAUUAAAGUACUCAACAUGGAUGAAGACAGGGUGGUAAAGGCCAUUGUGCACUACCAGCAGAACUUGGAGAAGUACAUUGAGAGACGACAUGAACCUAAGAUGAUUUACUGCAUGGAAAAACUGCAGAAGCUGCCUAUAACUGUUUCACACCUAGAGCACACUGGUGUAGGCAGAACAGUGAACUCUGUUAGGAAAAUGAAAGGUAUCAAGGGAAGUCCAAAGAACAUUGCCAAACAACUAGUACAGCAGUGGAAGAAGAUGGUUACUGAGGAGGAGAAUGAUAGUGAUGAGGAUGAGGAAGAAUCUGAUCAGGACAAUGAUGAUGAUGAUGAUGAUGCAGACAGUGAAGACAGACUGCAAAUCUACUGUGAGAAUGAUGGAGAUGCCAAGGAUACAAACAAUGAUAAAGAAGUGGAGGAAACUAGAAACAUAGAAAUGCAAGAUUCUAGUCAUUAUGAAGAGAAGUAUGAGAAGUAUAGACAUAAAUAUAGUGAGCACAAAUAUUGUGAUAAUGAUAGAAUAGAAAAUAAUCCAUAUGAGGUACAUUUGGAUGAACCCCGAGUGGAGACUACAGAAACAAGAAUUGUACAGCACACAAGUCCUGACUGCAAUGAGGAGUACAGUGAACUCUAUGCUAACACUUCAAAAGACAAUGAGGAGAGCUUUCAAGAACAAUCAGUUGAUGUUGAGGAAAGUGUUGAGAAGAUUGAUAAUAAUAAAGAGGAUGAAAAGCAUAAAAAACACAAAAAAUCAAGCAGAGAGAGGUCUGUUGAUCGAGAUAAACAUAAGGAUAAACACAAGGAAAAACACAUAAGUAAAGAACGCGAAAAGGAGAAAGAGAAUCAUCACCAAAAUGGUCACAAGAAAAGCAGCAGUAGUAGUAGUAGUAGUAAUAAUCAUGAUAAACAUAAGGAUAAACAUUCAAAAAGCUCAAAAACUACUAGCAGCAGUAGUAGCAGCAGUAGAAAGGAAUCAGACAAUAAGGAUAAAGAAAAAGACCAAAAAGAAAAGUCAUCGCGGGAUAAAUCACGCGAUAGUAAAAGACGUUCGAGCACAUCAACAUCGGUCACUGCUUCAACAACUACUCCUACACCGUCCUCAUCCUCUUCGUCAUCAUCGUCCUCAAAGAAACGUCCGCCAACCGAAGAUUCCACAAAAAAUUCCCCAUCGAAAAAACUCAAACUAUCAAUUCAAGACGGUAUUGACUGCGAGAGCGGGGCCAGUUUUGCUGAAGCUUUGGGUAUGAUGAUACCUAGCACUAGUAAAGUAAAACGGGAGAAAGAACGUAAGGAACACAAAGAACAUAAAGAUGUUAAGGAAUCAUCCAGAGAUCGUGAUAAACAUGGACGUCGCAGUAAAGAUCAUAAAAGUCCGCCGAAAGAAAAAGAUUCGAAAAGUCGGAAAGAACGCGAUCGGGAGCAUCGGCAUGACAAAAAGGAAAAAAGCAAUGGGUCAAGUAGCAGUGGAAGUAGUAAACGAGAGGAAAGUAAACCUCGUAGUACGCCUGCAGCGCUCGCCGCACCACCGCCGACGCUUACGCCGCUUGAAGAUGUGGGUAUUUCUAAUCUGCUGCCGCAAAUAUCGACGAAUUACAAACCGUUGGGUUUUCUACCAGGUGAUGGGCACAGAAGUGGAGUGACGCGUACGAACGACGAUGAGAUGUUGUCAAAACUAAUGUACGCGAAGAAUCAACGCACCAAAGUCUAUUCGGGAAACAAGGUGUUUUUUGGAAAGGUGCCAUCACUCUUUGAAAACUGCAUUCGGUUAUUACAAGAUAAUCUUGACACUCUCGUCCUUGGUUACACCGGAGGUGUCCCUUACAGCAUCCUCAAACCUGUCCUAGAACGCGCCACAGCAUCGCAACUCUUCAGCAUGGAGCACCACAACAUCUACCUGAUGGAAGACUCCGACGAGCUGUGGAAAUUACACUGCCAGCGCGAGUUCAAAACUAAAACACGUAAUGAAAUGGAGACAUGGCGAGAAAUGUAUCUGCGGUGUAUUGACGAGCGUGACGCGAAGCUCAAAUCGCUCACAGCUAAUAUCAAAUUGUCUCAAGACAAAAGUUUACCAGUACGACAAACGAAACUUGCGUACGUGGACUCAAUGGCGAAACCACCACGAAGUGUAGCGAAGAAACAAGCGAAGAACGGAAUUUCUCUCACCAGGCCUGCAGUGACUCCAUCCAGUCGACUUCAACAGUUGGCCGCUGCAGGUGCCGAGAAAGUGUCCGUGCCUAAUCCGGGCGCAUCCAGGGUUAAUGCUGGCAAUAGUAGCAGUGGAGGUCCUAGCGGUGGUAAUAAUUAUAUUGUGAAACCGAAGAAGGCACCCCUGAUGGCGAAAACGUUGCAGCUGUUGAAGGGCCGCUUCGGGCGAAGAUAACUUUUAAAAUAAUUACUUUAACGACUUGAUGUGAAAACACAUAUUUCGAUGUUUGUUUCACAGGAAUUAUUCAAUCAUUGUAUCUGAGUGAUUGAUUUCUAUUGUGUAUAUUGCACAACACAACGUAUCUAUUGUAUUUUAUAUAAUGCAUUAAUUUUAUUUAAGAUUUAUUUAUAUUAUGUCUUAGAGAUUGAUUUCCGAAAAAUUGUGUACUAGAUAAUCGAGUUUUACAAAUGUUUUAUUUGUACUGGACGAGGACUAUUUUUGUAUGAAGCAGAUUUGUGAAUAGUUAACUUUUAUUGAGACGCAAGGAGAUUAUGAAAAUGAUAAGAAGAGAUUCCCGUAAUUCCAUUAUCAUUAAGAUAUGAUUAAUGUAUAUUGUAAAGUUUGUUAAUUGAUUGGAUUGUUAAGCAAGUUGAUACGAUUUGUUUAUUUAAAAGAGGAAAUACAUGCACGAAGUAUUUUCGAAAAGAAAA